AUGACCGAUAUCGCGUCCGAAGAUGGUGAUGGAGCCCUUCAAGAACAAAUAAGAGCAAACGGGAGCCAGAGGAGGAGUCUCCGCGCCACCGAGUCUCGUCCUGGUACCGCAAGAACUGGCAUGUCUUCGUCGCGCGGUGCUUGGUCGCAAGGAACUCCUAUGAGAAAAGCUUUGCAAAGAGGAAGCCUCACCGGUAGCAUCAAUAGUGGUCGCCCUGCCAGUUCUACCAGCCGAAGCCAUGUCCCCUUGGCUUCGCAUGCUUUCUUUCAUCCUAUGAGUUCCCAGAAAUUGCAAGCCCAACGGGGUGCAUCACGUCCUGCUACAGGAAUUCAGCGCCGGCCAAGUGUUGAGGACGUACCGGAUGAGGACCAGUCACACAUCGCACCGCCGCAGCAGGGUGCUACUAUAUCAAGACCCGUAGCUCGUCUGGUGCGCCAUACGACUGAUGAGGGUGAUGCCCAACCACCCCCUUCAAGGGGUACCGAGGUCACGGAACCAUACGACCGUAUCACUGCCACCACGAGCCCGACUCGUGGCCACUAUCCUGCAGGUAGCGUCAGCGAGAGCGUACGUCCACUGCAGCGGAAGAAGGCCGAAGGGAAGGGUCUCAGUUUAGAUGUUAGUAAAUCUAAUGCCUACGGAGCCAGUGGAAAUCUGCCGAGCCCUGUAAAAUCGCCACGCUCUUUCAGAUCAAGCCUCUUCCUACCAGGUAAAAGUGAAUCUACUGCGACUCCUGCUAAUCGUAACACGCAUGGUGCCGAGAAGCUAUCUUCUGGCGCCUCGUCUCCUCAAUUCACCCCUUCUGCUGCCAGCGCCCCCGCCUUAAAGGCCAAGGCAGUCAAAGAAAAGACGCUUACCCAUGGCUAUAAUCAUGAAUAUUUCGAGGGCAAUACUGUAUUUUGCAUUGGCGGCCGCCUCCAGAACACACGCCAUCGACCCAUCAAUAUCGCUACUGGCUUUCUUGUUGUCCUGCCAGCUAUUCUUUUCUUCGCAUUUUCCGCCCCUUAUCUAUGGCAUCAUGUUUCGCCUGCCAUCCCUAUUUUUUUUGCUUAUCUGUUCUAUAUCUGCAUCUCGUCGUUUCUUCACGCCUCGGGCUCGGAUCCAGGGAUCUUACCACGUAAUAUACAUCAAUUCCCGCCUGUGGAUGAGCAUGAGGAUCCCUUACGUUUAGCUCCACCAACGAAUGACUGGACUCUUAUCAAAUCUGCCGAGUCGAGCACUGCGGCGAUGGAAGUGCCGACGAAGUAUUGCAAGACCUGCAGCAUCUGGCGUCCUCCUCGAGCCCAUCAUUGCAGACUGUGUGAUAACUGCGUGGAAACCCAGGACCACCACUGCGUUUGGAUUAACAAUUGUGUUGGGAGGCGCAAUUACCGAUAUUUUUUUUCCUUCCUAACUUCGGCUUCCCUCCUCUCGAUCUUUCUGAUAGCCGCCUCCCUUGCGCAAGUGCUAGUUUUUUCAAAUGAGGAGAAUGUUUCGUUCGGAGAAGCUGUAAGCCAUUUCCGGGUCCCUUUUGCCAUGGUCAUUUAUGGGGUUCUCGGGUUCAUGUACCCGGCCGCUCUUCUGGGGUAUCAUCUUUUCCUCAUGGCUAGAGGCGAAACAACUAGAGAGUUUCUCAACUCGCACAAGUUCUUGAAGAAAGAUCGGUAUCGAGCCUUCACCCAGGGUAGCAUAUGGAAGAAUUGGAUUGUCGUGCUGUGCCGUCCACGACCGCCGACGUACUACCGCUUCAAGUAUCGGUUUGAGGAAGGAGACCAGCGAUUUGGCGAGCGUCGAAAUCAGCAAAGGGGCAACUUAUCGAGAGGUGGACAGGACAUGGAGAUGCAAAAUGUACGAGGCCCCGCUACGGGUUUUGCUGGACCUACCGCUUUACGUAACCUCGCAUCUAGCACUUGA